AUGGCAUCUUCCAAUCUAUCUACCUCGAUGCCUGGACUUGACCUCAUCGCGACGGCAAAGACGACAAGGAAGACCCUUGAACGUCUUGCCCCUUUCUCGCAAAUGCAAAGCUCCUCCGAUCCGUCCCCACUUCUGUCCAAGAUCGUCACCAAAAUGACGAACCUCAUAAGGCUCAUUGAUGCCAGUAUCAUAGCCUCCCAGCUCGGAUACCAGCUCGCGACGGACUCCAUGAUUAUGUGUGAUCCAGACGAAGGCGACUGGGAGGCGGACGUUAGCCUCUCUGUCCUCAGAGAGGUGUCGAAGAAAGGCCGCAAUAAAACGAAGGAAGUCGCCGACGGCUUCAGGGAGAUCAAGCAGGAGGUGUACAAGAUCGCGGCAUCUACGAAGAACAGCAAGCUCGUCGUGCUCGUUAAACCCGAACCAACACACUCUGACAACAUCAAAAUCCGACUCAAGGACGUGGGCAUUGACCUCGUUGCGAAUUUGAACCUCCUUUCGGAGUUUUCGCUCCGCAUGAACGCCGCGGAGGAGUGGUGGGCCUGGGUCAACAAUGAUUUGUCCUCUGAGAUGCCAACUCUCCUCCCUCCUUCCCUGCUCAAGGAAACUGACAGUCCAACGGAACGCACUCCAGAAGAUGAGUCGUUACAACGCGAGAAAUUCGCGAUGUGGAUGGGCGUGAAGGACCAGUUCCAAGGGUACUACAAUGAGAUCAACAUAGCCCAUAACCGCUUCCCCGACCUGCUUGCUUCGUCGGCGACAGCAUGGCGUGCUGUUGCCUCAGCGAGGAGCGUUACACCGAGUUCUGACAGCCAUGGCAUGGAGCGGCCUUUUUUGUCGACCAACACUGAACCAAGAAGGCCACUCAGAGCCUUAGGCGGAUUUUUCGCAUUACGAUCGCGAAAGCAGAAGGCCAAGAAAUCUGACAAGGACGCUGAGAAGGAAAACCGAGAUCCUACUAAUACUGCUAGCGAGUCGGAAGGCAAGAGCAAGGAGAAGGCUUCAGAAACACCCAGAGAGAUGGCAUCCCGUCGGAAUGCCACUCCUGCUCGCACCCCAUCUUCGCGUUCUUCUCGAUCAUCUCAUUCGAGAGCUUCUCGACGAUCGACGGCAUCAAAGAAGAGCAGACAUGGCUUGUUGGCAUCGUGUUUAUCGGGGAGCCUGUUCACAGAUGGAGUUGGCCAUCUUGGGUGCCAUGGGUUCAUGACCAAGUGA